AAGGCGAGAGGUUUAUUGAAUGUGUUCAUUUGUGCAAUUGACGGUAAUGUUUAUCUCUAUCCAGUUAAAUCGCGCUCAGUGCUUUUAAAAAACCAGGAAAGCAAUAUGGCCGUCGAAGGGGUGAAAUAUUUUUUGCAAACAUUACAAUCAAAUUUUUCACAUUUCUCUGUCUUCUUUGCCGAGAAAAAUGGUAUAAUUCGUCUAGCCUACACCUGAUACUGUUGUUGUAUCCUUCAAUUAUGGCAUUUUUUUAAUCUAAUGGACUGCACAGCCAAAUGUCGGCUGAACCGACAUGCUGACGUGGUACUUUCGGCUGUGACUAGAGAAAGUCUUCAAAACUUCCAACAGUUUGCGAAGUAUUUCUGUGGAAAUGGCAUAAAAACGCGAGAUAGUUUUGGACGAAAUGCGCUGCAUAUUGCAGCAUCCUGUGGACGAAAGGACAUUCUGAAGUGGCUCUUAGAAGAUGGUUCUUUGGACGUUACAGAGAAAGAUUUUGAAUCAGGAUGGACAGCGCUUCAUAGAUCUUGUUAUUAUGGGCAUUUGUCGUGUGCUUUGCUGUUGCUUGAGUAUGGUUCAAAUAUUUAUGAAAAAGAUUUUGAAGGUCUCUCUCCAAUUGAGCUGUUGAUGUUUGAUUGUCCACGACUGUGUAGUCGUCAGUCAGGAGGCAAGCCUCAGCUUCAUGUUUCCAGUUGGGGAAGAAACAGCAACUUCACAUUGGGUCAUGGUGAUGACAAAGAAAGGCACACACCCGAAGUUGUUGAUGUGUUUAUGAGGAUAAUUAAUAUUAGUAUUAAACAGGUUGUUAUUUGUAAGUUUCAUACAACGUUCCUUGCAGAAAAUGGUAGUGUUUGGACAUGUGGUCAUGGUCUUGGUGGCCGACUAGGACAUGCUGAUGAAAAGACUAUUUUGGUUCCAACCAGAAUUAAAGCCUUGAGUAGUCAAAUUUGCACUAGUAUUGCUGCUGGUCAAGACCACUCUGUUGUUUUAUGUGAAAAUGGUAAUCUGUUUACAUUUGGAUUGAAUAAAUACCACCAGAUGGGGCACCAUCCUCCAGCAUCCCAGUAUCUUUCUCCAAAACAAGUGCAGUCAAAAGCUUUUAAAGGCAAGGAGUUUAUUGGUGUAGCUGCUGGAACAUUUCAUACACUGGUGUAUACCAAAAAUGAAGUUUUUUCUUGGGGCUUGAACUCUGGGCAGUUAGGUCAUAUAAAAGGUGAUAAAACAAAAGUUAAUCCUCAACAGAUAAGCGGCUUGCAUUUCAAAGAUCCAUCAAUAAUAUCUGCUGUAAAUUGUUGUGAUACAGCAACUGUGUGUUUGACCAAUCAGGGAGAUGUUUAUCUCAUAUAUCAGUUUACAAUGAGGAAGAUCAUUUCCAAAUUACCAAAUAUAAAAAAGGUUGUGGUGACUGGUGGAUGUUUUAAUGAUGGGCUAAUGAAAGACCUGAAGUGUUCUCCUCUAACUAUUUAUGGGCUGUACGGAGAUGGAUAUGUUUUUCAAUGGAGAGAAAGUGAUAAAAUGAUCAGAGAUUGUCACUGGACUGUGCAGAAACCAUUAGUAAUACAAGACAUUGCAUGUGGAAGAACACUGCAUAUUGUGACGGAAUAUGGCGAGGUUUACACGGAAGAUGGAAUGACUGGCUCAGUUAGAAAACCAACAAAGAUUUCUAGCAGAAAUAAGAAUAUUGUGAAAACUUGCCAUGUUUUAAAACAAGAUGAAAUCAUUGUGAUUCCGUUAAUACGCGUUCCUCACGCCCACAGGGCUGUGCAAAUUAUUUCUGAUAAAUCCUCGCAAAACUUUGCUAUUUUGCAAAUGAAUCCUUCAUAUCAAUGUUCAACGCUUCCGAAUAUUUCUCCGCCAGAAAUGAACAAACAUUUGAAAUCAUUGUUUGAAAACAGUGAAAACUACAACGUGGAAAUUAAGGUUAAAGAUAAAAGUAUUCUCGCUCAUCAAGUGAUACUCGCUGAAGGAAGUGAAAAACUACGAACUUUAAUAAACGAUGCUAAACAAGAAUCAUCCGACAGUAAAGACAACCAGCAAACUUUGCUUAUUUAUCUGGAUGAAGAAGAUUUUGAGAUUGUUCGUGAAAUGAUUGAGUUUCUCUAUACCCGUUGCUGUGGUUUACAGCCUGCUCUUAUCAGAGAAGACCUCGACGAUGACUUGGCGGAAAAGGAACUUUUCCAUCAAUUUAAUCAACUUGCGUUUAACCUACAAGAUGUGGAUUUUGACGUUCUUGAUACAGUAUUCUCUGAAUCUCGGGAAGUUACGAAAGGAACCAGUUCAACACGAUUACGGAAAAUCAGAAGAAAUCACGAAAAUAAACAUGAAUCAGGAUAUCCAGGAAUUGAGCUAAUUUCAGAGCAAUUGUUUGCCAGGAGAAAAGAGUUUUCGCGAAUUGCGAGAAAAUAUCAAGUCAAUGGUCUUCAAACUCGGAUCCAAGCUUCUUCCAACGAUAAAAAAAAGAAACAGAAACGUUUUCACAGGAGCAAUCUUUACGAGUACAGUGAUGUUGUCAUUGAAUCAGAAGACGAAGUGGAGUUUCCUUGUCACAAAUGUAUACUUGUUUCCCGUCUUGAAUACUUCUCAGUCAUGUUGACAACUGGUUGGAUUGAGUCCUCAGGUGAUUUUGUUUUCUUGAAAAUGCCGAUACAAUCAAAGUUUCUCGAAGUUAUUAUCGAGUUUCUUUAUACAGACGACGCCCCGACAGUCUAUGGAAGCAAUGAUUUAGAGUUUCUUGGAAAUAUCUUGAUUAUUUCUGAUCAGCUUUUGAUUAUCAGACUAAAGGAAAUAUGUGAAGCAACACUGGCUAAAUUAGUUACGUUGAAGAAUGCUGUUGAAAUAUUAGAGUUUUCGUGCUUGUACAACGCAGAGCAACUUAAGUUGUCUUGUCUUGAGUUCAUAUGCAUGAACAUCAGCUGUCUAUUUGAAGCAAGAAGUCUGGAAUUGUUGAGUGAAGAAAUAAUUGAUGAAGUUUCAAAUCUCUAUCGACAAUGGACUCCUCGUGUGUCUUGGAGAUUAAUUACCCCAGAUGAUAUUCAUCUCUCGGUUCCAUGGCCCCAGCCAGAAUCUCCGAGCAAACGUAAGAUCUCUCGUUCCCAGCGAAGAUCGAGAAGCAGCGAGAGUGACGUAAUCGACGAAUGCGCAGUAAAGGGGAAUGAAUCUGAAACCAGUAAACUUCCAGAUGAGAAGGUCGAAAUGGAUGAAAAAUUACCAGAAGAUGGACAGAAAGAUGAGAGCGCUGUCGUUUUAGAAAACACAUCAAAACAUAUAAAAUCAUCUUCAGAUAUUAUGACGAGCGAGGGGGAUAAACCUGACAGAACUACCGCUGGAUUGUGGUACCACAAACUUAAAGACGACUGUUCCAAAAUGAUCAUGCCUUCGAUUAGUUCAAAAAAGGAUUUUAAAGAAUCUCUUUCAUCGAGAGCUCAGAAGAACCCAACUGAAAAGAUGCCCUGGGGAAAUUCGAGCGUUAGUCCAAAAUCAUCCAACUUACGAACAAUAAUGGAACAGGAGAAAUCCAAAAGUAAAAUAAACUUUGACAAGUCUCGGAAAGAUGGAAAAAGUCCUGGCAAAGCUAAGUUAUCUCAGAAAGAACGCAAGAAAAUGCGGAAAUCUACAGAAGACGACUCGACAGUUAACGAGGCAGAAGACGAUGAUAAUGAAGUUAUUUCAACCUCACCAGUCAAUCCAUGGAAUACUUUGGCCUCUCACUCAAAUGUUUCAUUUAGACAACUUCUGAAAGAAGAGGAACGUCUAAAGACAAGUGCUGCUGUUGCCUGUGGUUCCCGGAAUAAUGGAAAAAUAGCGAAGCGUGUGGCUGAGGAGAAAUCGUGCACGAGAAAUGCAUGGCAGCAUAAUAAUGUAGCUUGUUCUCCUCCAAGUCAUUCCUACGUAAAGUUUGACAAAAUUCAAGAAAUACAGGAACAAGAAACUGCUAAUCGCGAAUGGGAUAUGAAGAAACCUUUAUCAUUGAUUCAGAUCGAAGAUAAAGCAAUGGCACAGCUGUUAGAAUAUUACGGAGGUCGUUACAAUCCUUGCGAGUAUAUUGUCGUUAAACGGGAAACCCGAAAAACGAGCAAACCUGAUUGGGUGAAAUAAACAUAAUUAUAGUUUAUAAUAUGA